CCCCCUUCAUAAAUACCUCUUGUUGGUAACGCCACAAACAUUGGCCCCCAAACUCCCGGUCGCCCCGCUCACCCCCUAGAUCUCUGAUGGAUCAGAAGAUUCAGGGGGGCACCGCCACUCCACCCCCCCUCCCCACCGCACUACCCGCUGGGGAGCGAGACAAGGAUGGCGGGGGUGGGAAGAAGGACGAGGAGGAGGAGAAGAAAAAGAGGGAACGGGAGAAGGAGUGCCCCCCGUUGGACUCCUCCAGUGCAGCCGGAGGGGUAGGAGGCGACGGGGCAGGAGGAGUAGCCCCCGGGGCCCCUGGCGGCGGCGGCGUGGACCAGUCUCACUUCUCCAUUAAGGAGAGCAGCCUCUCCGAGGGCAACGUGAAGCUCAAGAUCGGCCUGCAGGCGAAGCGCAUGAAGAAGCCCCCCAAGAUCCUGGAGAGCUACGAGUGCCGGCCAGCCUUCCGGGCCACCGUCCGGCACACCACGCCGCGUAGCAACGGCGGCUCCGGAAGUGGCCGGGGGGGCCGCACCGGGGCAGCGCCCGAGGGUCCCCCGGCCAACGCACACGUCGCACCCAGUCCCCCUCCUCCUCCUCCACCUCCUCCUCUUCCUCCUCCUCCUCCUCCGCCGCCGCCUCCUCCACUGCACAGCAGAGAGAGAGAGCGGGAGCCCAGCCCCCAGUGCCUCAACAGCAGGCCCAACCCGUCGCCUCCGGGCCCGGCCUCCGGUGCUGUCGCUGCCACGUCACCCCCCUCUGCCAUUCCUCCUGCGAGCUCUAGUGCCCCGUCGCCCUCCCCGACCAACGGGAAUAAUCAGGCCAAAAAGGGACUACCAAAGAUGGCCUGCAAGUCUAACGCCAAGCCAGACGGGAAAGCCGCCAGCCCCAUGCCCGAGAGACCCCUCAAUCUGCAUCGCUCCUCAUCAGACAGCAAAACACAUCACCCAUCACACUCUGGGAAGAGGGCCCCUACUCCCCAGACCAGCCCACUCACAUCCCUCUCCUCCGCACCGUCUAUGACCACACCGGCCUCGAAAGAGGCCAGCUUCCAAGGUGUCAAACCCGCUCAGUACACGUACAGCACUGAGAACCAGAGGGACAAGGACAGGGGGCUUCCAUGUUGGGGGGCCCCCACUGUCACAGAGAAGUUAGCCCAACUCAUAGCCACCUGCCCACCGUCAAAGACCCCCAAACCCACCAAGCCUACGAAGAUCGCCCCCUCGCCGGCGCUCCCGACGUCGGGCUUCAUGGCCCCGACCGCCAAACAGCGGGACCGGGCCAUGGCCAACCGGAACACGUACUCCCGGGUGGUCCACCUGGCGCCGCCCCCGCCCGUGUCGCGACCGCCCGGCCGCCCCUACGGCUCCCGGAACAAAGACAGCCUCGGCGAGGGCAAGUCCUCCGCCUCGGCGCCGCCCAGGAAGGAGGACGCCGACGGCAACGGGAGGUCGAGCGGCGGCGGCGGCGGCGGGAGCAGCAGCGGCAGCAGCAGCAGCGGCAACAGCAGCAACAGCAGUCGCAGCAGCAGCCCCGCGCCCUCCCACGGCCACGGCCGCCUGGGCCACAGCAAACACGAAGCGGCCGGCGGGAACCCCGCGAAACCGCCGCCCUCUCGCCUCUCCCACUGCUCGCCUCACAGCGCGCCGUCGCCGUCGCGGCUCGCCUCGUCGCCCCGCGCCGCCGCCUCCUCCACCGAGGAGAGGACGGGGGACACGUCGGGCCAGCACAGCGGCCCCGGCGCCGCACCGGGACACCAUCCACGGGACAGCCCAGCCCGGCAAGAGGAGAGCUGCCACCGGGAGAGGGAGCAGCACGACAGGCCGGACCGCCCCAGAGACCUCGCCAAGUGCCUCCCUCUUUUAGGCACGGGGAGGGCCGAGGGGAAGGAGCGCUGCUCCGGGGGCCAGUCGCUGCGGGCGGACCGGGGGAGCAGCCCCGGCCGGGAUGCCGGCCGGACCCUCCCCGCCGAGCUGACGAGACACAGGGGUGCCCCGCAUCCGGAGUCCGACGAGAGGGACGGCUCCCCGCUCCCACUCAGGCACGACUCACGGGACUCCUCCCCCGAUUCCCCGGCGGAGCAGGACAGCAAGCCCCUGAAGAAGCGAAGGGGCAGGAAACCCCGUUGGACCCGUAUUAUCAACAAGGCCCGGGAAGGCCAGGACGGGCCCGUGCCUCUGUCUAUGAGCAUGGACACGCCCCCUCCGGUGAAGAGGCCCGUCGGCAGGCCUCCCAACCCCAACAAGAUCAGACCAACUCCCCCGCCACAAAAUCCAAUGUCGCAUCUGUUCCCGCCCCAGCCGAGGAAACGGGGGAGGCCCAAGUCUAAAAUGCCCCGUCUGGAUGCUCCCCUCCGCGGGCGCCCCCCCAACAAGCUGGCCCCCUCCAAGGUCUACUCAUCGCUGCUCAAGUCCAAAGAAGAGCAGGACCCUCCGGUCCUCCACCCGGAGGUCGACCUCAACCCUCCCAAACCCAUGCCCAGGAAACGGGGCCGUCCCAAGCGCCUGCCCCCUACCCUCCCCCCCGAGGGUCAACCCCCGACACUGGCCCCCGAGGCGGGGGACGGAGGGGAGAAACUGUUCCACACCAAAGGCAACGGGCAGCUCAUCAUGAGGACAAUCAUAGGCAAGAUCAACAAGAUGAAGAGCGUGAAGAGGAAGCGCAUCCUCAGCCAGAUUCUGUUGGGCCCCGGGCCGGAGGAGACCUCCCGAGGCCCCGGCAGCAUGGCGGCAGGUUCCGCGGUCGCCGCCAAACAGUCGCUGACCUCGCUCGCGGCCUCGUUCGGGGGCAAGCUGGCGCCGCAGAUCAACGUCAGCAAAAAGGGGACGAUCUACAUGGGCAAGAGGCGCGGCCGGAAACCCAAGCUCCCCGGCGGCUCCAAGGACUCCAGUCCGCCCUCCGAGUCCCCCAGCAUCACCUCCCCGCUGCAUCACCACCACCACCACCACCACCACCAGUCCCAGCAGCACCACCAGCUCUCCUCGUCGGAGGUGUUCCCCUCCCCCUCGCUCUCCCAGUCCAGCGGGGGCCACAGCCCGGCCAGCGACGGCGGCGGCUUCGUGGAGCCGGGCUCGGUGCACUUUGCCGCCCACCCGCACUACCAGACGCAUCACGCCCACCACCACGGCCACCACUCGUUCCCCUUCGCCCCGCCCACCUUCUCGGCGCCCAAUCCCCGCAUCCAUGGCUCCUCGGCGGCGGCGGCCUUGGCAGCGGCCCAGAAGAAGUCGUUGUGCCGCGGGUUCCACCAGCAACAGCAGCAGCAGCAGCACCACCACCACGCCCAUUUCCGGCAGCACUACAACUACCACAAGCUGUCCCCGCCGCGGCCCCUGCACCCCACGUCGCCCGCCCCGCUCAGCGAGCUGAAGGAGGCCACGCCCUCGCCGGUCAGCGAGUCCCACAGCGAGGAGACGGUGCCCAGCGACAGCGGCAUCGGGACGGACAACAACAGCACCUCGGACCGGGGCGAGAAGGCGGGCUGCCUGGUGGGCGCGGCCCCGGGGCUCACCGCCGGACUGGGGGGCGGGGCCGGCCUGCUGAUGCCCGGGGUGAUGAGCUCGGCGAUGGCACCCGGGGGCCUCGGACUCAGCGCCAGGGGCCGCCGGCGGCACUCCUCGGCGGUGAUGCUGGAGCACCCCUCCCCCACCCCGUCCCCGCUCGGGGCCAGGUCACCCCCUGACCCGCGGCGGCCCCACCCGGCCGCCCCGGUCUCGGCCUCCUCCCUGCUGGGCCACAAGGAGAAGCACAAGCACAAGUGCAAGAGGCGGAGCCACGGCUGCCCGGGCUACGACAAGCUGAAGAGGCAGAAGAGGAAGCGCAAGAAGAAGUACCUGCACCUGCGCUCGCGGCGCCAGGACCCUGACUUCCUGGCGGAGCUGGACGAGAUCGUGGUGCGGCUGAGCGAGAUCCGCAUCGCGCACCGCGGCGCGGGCCACCGGCCGGGAGCCGGGAUGGGCCCGCACGCCGGGGCGGGCAGGGCGCCCGGGGCGGUAGGGGCCCGGGCCCCCGGGGGCCUCGGAGGCUCCGGCGGCCCCCCACCGCACCACUAUCUCUCCCGGGACCUGCUGCCCACCAUCUUCAGGAUCAACUUCAGCGGCUACUACUCGCCGCACCCGGCGUACAACUGCGACCCGCUGCACUACGUCCGCAAGCCGGACAUGAAGAAGAAGCGCGGGCGCCCGCCCAAGCUCCGGGAGGCCAUGUCGGACGUCCCCUACGUGCCGGGCCUGGGUUUCCCCCUGCCCAGCGGGGGGUUCUACCACCCCUCCUACGGCAUGCCCUACUCCUCCGGGCCCCUGGGCCUGGGCUACUACCGGGGCUACCCGCCGGCCAGCGCCCUGUACCCGCACCCCCACCACCAGUCCUCCCACGCGGGGCCGUCCCACCACUCGCACCACUCCCCGUCGUUCCCCCCGCCCCCGCCCCCCGCCUCCUACAUGCACCACCACCACCCGCCCCACCUGCUGCUGAACCCCUCCAAGUUCCACAAGAAGAAGCACAAGCUGCUGCGGCAGGAGCUCCACGGCGGGGGCCGCCCGCCGGUGCUGUACCCGCCCAUGUCCUCGGAGCUCUCCUUCAACUGGCACCACAAACACAAGCACCGCCACAAGCACCGCGAGCGCGCCGGCCAGGACGGGGGCGACGCGGCGGCCGCCAGGGGCCCCGCGGCCGCCCGGGCCGGCGCGGGCCUACCGGAGGGCGGAGCCCCGGGGAGGGCGGAGCUGAGGGCCGGCGGGGCCGCCGGUCUAGCAGAACCCCUGCAGCGGUGCCGCUUCGGACGGGAGUCGGGAGCGGUGGCGGCGGCGGCGGCGGCGGCGGCGGCGGCGGGCGGCGGCGGCAAGCAGACGGUGGCGGCAGCGGCCGCCUCGGCCAACUCGCCCUCGUCCACGUCCUCCGCUUCCUCCUCGGCCGACAAGUACAAGCGCAAGGAGAGCACGGCGUCCUGCCUGGGGCCCUCCAGGCUGGCGCUGGGCGGCGGGGCCGGCGUCCCGCGGGGACAGCCCCGCGCCCCCGACUCCUGGUUCAGGGUGGGCGGCGGCGAGGUGGACUACGGGAAGCUCUCGCGGAACCAGGCGGCCUCGGCGGCGUCCGGCCGCGGGCCCUUCUCGGACGGCCGGCCAGAAGACCCGGCGGGUUGCUCGGACAGCGAGGACGAAGAGGAGGAGGACGAGGACGAGGACGACGAGCCCCUCACGCCAACGGAGGAGGCGGACGCCGGAGGCCCGGACCCCCCGGGACACACCAACCUGUUUGCGUCAGCCCUGACGCGCAACACCCUGAAGGCGGCGGGCCGGAGCAGGAGGCCCGAGGCGGGGGCCCCGGAGGGCCCCGGCUUCGCCCUCCUGGAGCGGCCGCAGAGGAAGGACCGCUCCACCUCGGCGGAGAGGAGGGAGACGGGCUCCUCCGCUGGCCAGACCCAUCAGCCGCCUCUGUUCCACCCGCACGCCACCACUGCCGCCGCCUCGACGCGCCUCUCGCCCUGCCGGGACUACUGCAUGGACCCGCCGCAGUCCCACACAGCGCACCACCACCACCACCACCACCACCAAGGCCAGCCCCACCCCGCCGGCAACACCCCCAAACACAGCCUCCACCACGUCAACAAGAUCCUGCGCGCCAAGAAGCUGCAGAGGCAGGCGCGCACGGGGAACAACGUGGUGAAGAAGCGGGGGCCCGGGCGCCCCCGGAAGUACCCGCUGCCGUCGCCGCCGCCCUCGCCCCCGUCCCCCCCCACGCCGCCGCCGCCGCCGACCACGCCGCUGACCGAGGCGACCCAGAGUCGGCAGCGCGCGGGGGAGAGGGACCGGGUAGGGGGAGGGCCCCUGGCCAGAGGGUGGGAGGGCGACACGGUGACGGACGCCAUCGAGGUAGUGGUCCAGGGCCAACGCAGGAAGGGGCCGAAGAGGAAACACUGGGAGGGAGACGGGGAUGAGGACGAGGACGAGGAGGAGGAGGAGGAGGAGGAGGAGGGGGAGGUGAGGGAGGAGGAGGAGGAGGAGGAGGGGGAGGGAGGACGCAGAGUGGAGAACGUGGGCGGCCUGGUUGCAAGGCCUGCACCCGGGGGAGGAAGAGGCUGGAUCACACCGGAAGACCUCCACCUUUUUCGGGGCUCACUGGAAAGCAAGCCAGAUGGCAACUGCUCCCCGGAACGCCCAGGCACCGUCUCCAGGGAGAAGGCUCCGCCCAUGCCUAUAACCAGCCAACGGGAGAAGAGGCCUGCCAGACCUCCAAAGAAAAAGUUCCAGAAGGCGGGGCUUUACUCUGAUGUGUAUAAGUCUGAUGACCCCCGGAGCCAGCUUCUGCAGCUGAAAAAAGAGAAGCUGGAGUAUAUUCCCGGGGAACAUGAACAUGGCCUGUUCCCCGCACCGAUUCACGUUGGCAAGUACUUAAGACAGAAGCGCAUUGAUUUCCAGUUGCCUUACGACAUCUUGUGGCUGUGGAAACACGACCAGCUCUACAAGAGGCCUGACGUCCCCCUUUAUAAAAAGAUCAGAUCAAAUGUCUACGUGGACGUGAAGCCCCUCUCUGGGUACGAGGUGACCACGUGCAACUGUAGAUCUCCGGACGACCCCACUGAGAAGGCCUGCCUUGACGACUGCUUAAACAGAAUGAGCUUCGCCGAGUGCUCGCCCAGCAUCUGCCCGUGCCGGGAGCAGUGUGACAACCAGCACAUCCAGAGGCACGAGUGGGUCCAGUGCCUGGAGCGCUUCCGCGCCGAGGGCAAGGGCUGGGGCAUCCGCACCAAGGAGGCCCUCCGCUCGGGCCAGUUCAUCAUCGAGUACCUCGGGGAGGUGGUCAGCGAGCACGAGUUCAGGAGCCGCAUGAUGGAGCAGUACUUUGCACACAGCGGACAGUACUGUCUGAACCUGGACAGCGGCAUGGUGAUUGACAGCUACCGCAUGGGCAACGAGGCCCGCUUCAUCAACCACAGCUGCGAGCCCAACUGUGAGAUGCAGAAGUGGUCGGUGAACGGCGUGUACAGGAUCGGCCUCUUUGCUCUCAAGGAUAUGGGCAGCGGCACAGAGCUCACCUACGACUACAACUUUCACUCCUUCAACACAGAAGAACAGCAAGCGUGUGAAUGCGGCUCGGAGAGCUGCCGGGGAAUCAUUGGCGGGAAGAGCCAGCGAAUCAACGGCCUCCCUGGGAAAGCGGGCGGGACCCGACGUCUGGGUCGCCUGAAGGAGAAACGCAAGUCGAAACACCAGCUUAAAAAACGAGAGGAGGAGUCGGGUGACAGCAGCAAACUGUACCCCCACCUCAUGAAGCCCAUGUCUAACAGAGAAAGGAACUUUGUGCUGAAGCACCGGGUGUUCCUGCUGAGAAACUGGGAGAAGAUGCGUGAGAAGCAAGAGCUGCUGAAGAGAGAGGGCGAACGAGACCGGGACGCCAGCAGCCUGUCCAUCUACGCUCGCUGGGGAGGCGUGAUCCGUGACGACGGUAACAUCAAGUCUGACGUCUUCCUGACCCAGUUCUCGGCACUGCAGACGUCGCGCUCGGUGCGCACGCGGAGGCUGGCGGCGGCCGAGGAGAACACGGAGGUGACGCGCACCGCCCGCCUGGCGCACAUCUUCAAGGAGAUCUGCGACAUGAUCACCAGCUACAAGGAUUCGUCCGGUCAGACCCUAGCAGCUCCCCUCGUCAACCUUCCAUCCAGGAAGAGGAACAGCCAGUACUACGAGAAGGUGUCUGAGCCGCUGGACCUGAGCACCAUCGAGAAGCAGAUCCUCACGGGCCACUACAAGACGGUGGAGGCCUUCGACGCGGACAUGCUCAAAGUGUUUCGCAAUGCAGAGAGGUACUACGGCAGAAAGUCCUCGCUGGGCCGCGACGUCAACCGGCUGAGGAAGGCGUACUACAGCGCACGCCACGAGGCCGCCGUGCAGAUCGACGAGAUCGUAGGCGAGACGGCCAGCGAGGCGGACAGCUCUGAUUCGCUGGAUCGCGACCACGCCCACCACGGCGGCUCGCACGACAAGGACGACGACGUCAUCCGCUGCAUCUGCGGGAUGUACAAGGACGAGGGCCUCAUGAUCCAGUGUGAAACGUGCAUGGUAUGGCAGCACUUUGACUGCAUGCGGUUGGAAACCGAGGUGGAGCAUUACUCGUGUGAGCAGUGUGAGCCCCGCCCUUUGGACCGGGAAGUACCAAUGCUGCCCCAGCCCAGCUAUGCCCAGUCCGGCUCGAUGUACUUCAUCUGCUUGCUCCGAGACGAGCUGCUGCUGCACCAAGGCGAUUGUGUGUACCUGAUGAGGGAUAGCAGACGCACCACCGAGGGCCAGCCGAUCAGACAGUCAUACCGGCUCUUGACUCACGUCAACAGAGACAACCUGGACAUCUUCCGCAUUGAAAAGCUCUGGAAGAACGAGAAGGGUGAGCGGUUUGCUUUUGGUCACCACUACUUCCGGCCCCACGAGACGCACCACUCCCCGUCGCGCCGCUUCUACCAGAACGAGCUGUUCCGCAUGCCUCUGUACGAGAUCAUCCCCCUGGAGGCAGUGGUGGGCAACUGCUGCGUCCUGGACCUGUACACCUACUGCAAGGGGCGGCCGAAAGGCGUGAAGGAACAGGACGUGUACAUAUGCGAUUACCGGCUGGACAAGUCGGCCCACCUCUUCUACAAGAUCCACCGCAACCGCUAUCCGGUCUGCACCAAGCCCUACGCCUUCAACCACUUCCCCAAGCGGCUGGCGCCCAAGAGGGACUUCUCGCCCCACUACGUGCCCGACAGCUACAAGAGGAACGGCGGGCGGUCGGCAUGGAAGAGCGAGCGAGACAAAGGCGCCCCCGGCGAUGACGACGGCGGCUCGCCGUGCGACCGCGGCGGCGACGACUUCCCUCCGGAGGCCACCGAAGACGAGCGGGGAGAGGGAGGCGGAGCCGAGGAAGAGGCGGAUCCAACGGCAGGCGACCCCACAGCCCCCAGCGGCAAGCCCCCUAGGGCCGAGCCACGGGGGGGCGAGGCGGGGGCCAACGGAGAGGAGGAGGACGAGGAAGAGGACGAGGAAGAGGAGGACGAGGAAAUGCGGGAGGCGGCGGGCCGAGGGAAGCCGGAGGAGGAGGUUCUGGCGGAGAGGGGCGGGGAGAUGGUGGAGGUCCCUUCGUCGUCGGCCUCGUCGCCGCUGCACCAACACCACCACGUGCUGCUCCACCACCACCACGUUGGGCUGGGAAGGCGGGAGGCGCAGCGCGACAGACUGAACAAGAUCCUGCUGGACCUGCUGCAGCGAACGCCCAGCAAGAACGCCAUUGACGUCACCUACCUCCUGGAGGAGGGGGCCGGCCGGCGGCUACGACGGCGAACCCUCGGCUUUGGUGACUUUGUGUGCAGGAAGUAACACAGGUUAGCUCGCUGUCGGUGAGCGAAAGACGGAGAUACCACGGAGAGACGCAGGGAAAAGGGACGACGAGGCUCCGCUCGGGGGGGGGGGGGGGGGGAAGGAGCGAGCAAGGAGUAGCGACGACCUUGCGUCCUCCGGAGAAACCUUUCAGGUGUAGCUCUCUCCAAACCUGCCAUCUCAGACUCGGAGCGAGAGAUGCGAGGCAGGGAAACUUACAAAGAAACACAAAUGCAGGAUGGGAAGGUUGUCAAUAUGGUUGCCGUUUUUUUCAAGGGGUUCAGGACUACUCAGGGGGAGAAAGGACCCACACUUUGUUUUUCGUUUUUUUCUUCCUUCAUUUUUUUUGGCUUAUUUAAAUAGUAUGAUGCAAACGUUUUUAUUGACAUAGGAAGAGAAACAGAAAACCCACGCACUUACAAUGCAUCAAACGGCCUUUGAGCAUUGUGUGAAAGACUGCAGGCUGCAGGCUGAAGACAUAGGCGUUUACCGUACCAACAAGGGUAAACGAGGAAGGGCGGCCGUUAGAAUUAAGGAUCGAAAAAUGAGAAGUGGUACCGGAACGAAUGACGUGCAGCGGCCCCAGUAGGAUGGCUUCCUGUGACUUGGAACGCUGGAGACCAACUCCCCCUUGUGGGGAAGAGCUGCAAUGAUUCAAAAACAAAACUAAGCUAAUGCCAGAAAGUGUCAGGACUUAAUGAUUAGAAUGCAUAGGAGAAGCAAGUGCGCUUCGGAAGAAUGACAAUAAAAAACGCUGCUGCAGAGCUUGGCGAGGGACACACGGUCGAUGAGGCGGGAAUGAGGUCGGCUCUACUGCACUUUUGGCACUGAGGACAUGGUGAAGCUCGGGCGUAUCUAUAGCGAUGGAAAACACACACUAACGCUCUCGAGAGUCAGCCGAUGUAUUCUGGGGGAAUUCGGCGGAGGGGAAAGCAUAUCUUGCUCUUUUCUUUAAGAUGUGCAGGCAGAAGGCGGUGUCUUGGGCGAAUGACAGUGCGCUUCUUUUUGGUUUUUGUUUUAGUGUCUUGUUGAUUUUUUAAAGUUAUUAUUGAGGCGAGGCGGUCAGCUUUGCCCUUUCUUAUGUGGAAGUAACCUGAUUCACCAGCUAAAUUAUACCAGGCGGUGGAACACUGGCCUUCAUUGUAACGCCUUAGGAACGCCAUGCUCCCCAGACUGGCUUGCGUGCGUGCGUGCGUGCGAGAGUGUGUGUGUGUGCGGGUGUGCAUCCACACUUAUUUAGUGUUUGUACGCUAGAAACCUUGAAGAUAUUGAUUUUUUUUUAACGAGGAAAAAAAUUAAGGGCUUGAUGGCAAUUAACAGUUUUAAGAAAACUAUGAAAACAAUACUCAACAUGAAAUGUAUCGUGGCAGUCAUAUUUUCUUAUAUUCUGUUAGAUGGCGCUGGAGGGGCGGGCGGGGGGGUGUGUACUGUGUUUUGAAAGGGAAUGGACUCCAGUUCCGUUUUCCUCUUCAGAAUACACGAUCCUGGUUGUGCCAUGGUGAAUGUUUAAAAUGUGUGAUAUCCAAUGAGAUUUUUUUUGCCCCUGGAAUGCCUCUGAUAAAAUGGGACCGCAUGUCCCUAUGUGUUAAACUGACAGAGAAUUGAGACAUACAACUGGCUACGAAAGAGAGAGUGGGAGAUAGAGAGAGGUAGAGAGAAGCUGUACAGUGCCAACUUAAUGUACAUAUACAAACUUUACAUGAGGAACGUCUCCAAAAGCAAUAUCUUGAUUAUGGAAUUUUUUUUGGUGUAUUGAACUGUACAGGACUCAGCCCUAAAAUGUAUUAUGAUUAUUCUAAUGAUAAUAUGAUAAUUUCUUCCAUUUGUAUAACUACAAUGAAGACAGUUAAGCUUAAAGGAAAAUGAGAGUUUUGUCCAAAUUCCCACACUUAGCGGUCCUACCCAAGCAACGUAUAUACGUUUUUUGCUGCCUAUAAAUUCCAUCUAUGUACUUGCAUGAACGAGAAGAAUGUCAAAUGGACAUAGAAAGGCACCGGGACAUCAUAGUCCUUGCAAUGGCUUCUCGGUCACAGUAAGGGAUAUUGUUAAUAAUAUUACUUUUAAGGAGUAAAAAGCUCCUUGAUUUUUUGCUGCAAAGUGUUGAACACUAAAAAAACAAACCAACAUAAAAAUGUUAUGAUAUUUUUUAAGAAAGGUGACAGAGAUAAAGAAUACGCUGUCAGCUAGAUAUCAUGUUAUUUUCUUUUUCCUUUAAAAAAACUGAAACGGUUCCGUUUUGUGAUAACAGUCAUUGUAAAAUGCUUGUACUUGUAUUUGUGUAUUUUGUGUGAUUUGUUUAGUUAUUUUUAGACAAUCACAAAAUAAGAUGCAAGCAUUGUAUAUGGCAGACUGGCAGACAUUUUGUGAUGUGUACAGUUUGUCAAAAACUUCUUCCACUCGUUAAAAGUUUGUAAUUAUGAUUAUAAAGUCAUGGAAAAUGCUGUUGGUUUUUACUUUUUUGUUUUAUAUUCUAUUUGUUUUUUGUUUUUUGUUUGUUUUUUAAUAAAAAGCACUACAUUAUUGUGAAUAGA